CGCGCAUACAAACAUUUACUGUUUUGCGUCCUGUUCUUGUCUUGUGUGCUAUCCUAUAAUCCCUCCGCCCGCUGUGUAUUGUACUCUGCCUGCGGCGAUCCCUACUACGUCUGCCUAAUCAACACUUAGUCAUAAUGCUCGCUAUCAUCAACAAGCACCUGAAGUCCGGCGAUCAGCAUCUUGUCGAGGCGAAGCAUGUCGUCGACUGCAACGCGGACGUCAUCCCUUCCGGCUCCCGUGCCAACUUCGCUCGCAAGCUCGACGGGCUCAACCAUACCCGCGCAGUGAUCACUGCCAAAUCGCAGAGCCCGCUUUCGCGCAUUCAGGUUGUACCGUCCGCGUCCGAGUACCGGUCGAAUGCCAAGGGCCUGCACGAGCUCGCGCUCAAACUCGCCGACGAUGCGCAUGAGAAUCGCAUCGGCGCCGUCUCCUCCGCCUUCUACUCGCAUGACGAGCAGCAGAACGCGCGUGUCACGCGCAGCCUCCUCGAGGAGGGCUACUCCUUCUCGCCCAUUCCCGCCCACUGGUCAUAUGAAGACGUCGCAUAUGACAAAGUUACGAACGAGCAAGUUUCAAGCGCAGUGGGCCUCAACCCCCGCAGGGAACGUCGCAAGACAAUGCGCGCCUGAAUCAUCACGAUAGGACCCGCCGCCGGCCGGCGAACCACACAAGAACUCGACCCAAACGCACACACAACCGAUCCCGCCUUCUCGCGUAUGUCAUGGAAGAAUGGGUUAGCAAGCUUUCUGUCCGCUGCAUCGGCCAGCCUUCACGUCCUGCAUUGCCACUGUCGCUGUCAUGUUUUCAAUGCAACCACCCGUAUUUAACCUACACUUUCAGUCCGU